AAAAAAAAAAAAAAAAAAAAAAACUAACCAAAUCCACAUAUUCACCAACCAUGGCCAUACUGCAGGGCAUACGCGUAAUCAGAUAAAAAAAAAUACUACAUAUUUCUGAGGUGGUACUGUAGCACCCAUCCCGCGCCGCUUUCGUCAUGUCCAUUGUUUGGGCAUCGGGCCGUUUGCGGCCUGGAAGCUUACUCGGAUUAACUUCCUUUGUUUUGGUUUCAGAUUCUUGUUUUUACUACAUACGUCAAUGUGCAAAUAUGAUAGAUUGGUUUGGGAGGGUUCGGGUUUUUGUUUUGUCGUGGGCGUUUGGUCUAGGGGAUUUCAUGGUAGCUGGGUUUGGGGGCUUGGUAUAAGUGGUCUGGGGUCAUGAGUUGGUGUAAUUCUUUUUUUACUUGGGGGUUUGCUGUGUUUAGUUUGUAUUUGGGUGGUUUAGAUGUUGGGUCUGGUAAAUUGGAUGGGGUGUUCUGUUGGAAGAGUUGGUAUGGUGAUUUGGCUAAAGGAUGGAUAGGGUCGAGUGGGGAUUUGUGUGUUUGGAGGUGAUAGACUCUGAGGGCCUACGAACCAUGCUUUACAGUUAUGAUCAGAUGUAGAAAUACUCCGAAGAAAAUCAUGUUGAGUAAGAAAUCUAACAUAUGUGAGGCAGAAGAAUGCUA